AUGUCAACUCAUAAUAUUGUGGUUUUCGGUGGUGAUCACUGCGGUCCUGAGGUUGUAGCGGAAGCUAUCAAAGUCCUGAAAGUUGUAGAAAGCGAUAGACCAUCAGUUGGAAAGUUCAAUUUCCAAGAACAUCUUUUGGGUGGUUGCUCAAUUGAUGCCCACGGUGAGCCUCUCACAACCGAAGCUCUCGAAGCUGCCAAAAAUGCCGAUGCCGUUCUUCUUGGCGCAAUCGGUGGUCCAAAAUGGGGAACUGGAAAAGUACGUCCUGAGCAAGGAAUCCUUGCUCUCCGCAAACAAAUGGGCACAUAUGGAAACCUCCGACCUUGUAAUUUCGCAUCACCUACCUUGACCGAGAUCUCCCCAUUGAAAGAAAAGGUCUGCGAAGGCGUCGAUUUCUGCAUUGUGCGAGAAUUGACCGGAGGCAUCUACUUCGGAGAGAGAAAGGAGGACGACGGAGAUGGAAAGGCUUGGGACACAGAACCAUAUAGCAGAGAGGAAAUCGAGCGUGUAACGAGAUUAGCAGCAAACCUUGCCCUUGCGCAAGACCCCCCAGCACCAGUUUGGAGUUUGGAUAAGGCAAACGUUCUCGCGACAUCGAGGUUAUGGCGCAAAACUGUCACCGACGUCAUGGCUGCGGAGUUCCCACAAUUGAAGAUCGGACAUCAUUUGAUUGAUAGUGCGGCCAUGUUGAUGGUAAAAGACCCAAGAAAGUUGAACGGUAUUGUGGUGACAAGCAAUUUGUUUGGAGAUAUUAUCAGUGAUGAGGCCAGUGUUAUUCCUGGUAGUAUUGGACUCUUGCCAAGUGCAAGUUUGAGUGGUGUUCCAGAUGGAAAGAGCAGGUGUAAUGGUAUCUACGAGCCAAUUCACGGCUCCGCCCCAGAUAUCAGUGGCAAGGGCAUCGUAAACCCCAUCGGUACCAUCCUCUCCGUCGCCAUGAUGCUCAAGUAUUCUCUCAACCUCCCAGUCGAAGCUAAAGCCGUCGAAGAAGCUGUCCGCAGAACCAUCGAAAAGGGAGUCAGAACCGCCGACAUCGGUGGUUCGAACAAGACUGUUGAGGUUGGUGAUGCUGUUGUUGAGGAAUUAAAGAAGGUCUUGAAGGAGCUUUAA